AUGUCCUACGCUCCAACGCAGAUCCAACACACUGAUUCUGAUGGUGAAGGAAGUGAAGCAGAAAAUGAUACAGCAACAACAUCAUUGACUCAGUCGAACAUUGCUACUCAGGUUCAAGAUGAUACGAACAAUGAAGAGGGCGAUACUAUUGAAUUUGAUGAAGAUGAUGAUGACAACGAUCAAGCUUCCGAGCAUCAGAAAGAUGAUAAUAUGAAUACAACAGCCGAUGAUGACGAUGAUGAAGAGGACAUAAAUAAUGAAGAAAACUCUUCAAAAAAUGUUGAAGAAGCAUCGGAAAAUCAACCUGUUGCUGAAGAGGAUACUACUCCGAUCGAAUUUGAUCAGGAAGAAGAGGAAGAAAAGACGCCCUCCAAAAAGAAAAGAAAGAAGAAGGACAAAGCUCAAUCACCACAGCCUAAAGAGAAACAACGUAGAAAAAAGAAAGAUAACGAUGAAGAUUAUAAAGAAAGUGAAGAAGAAGAAGAGAACAAGUCUUCCACUGAUGAAAAUGCAGGAGAAGAGGAACCAAAAAAGAAAAAAAGAAAACGAUUGCAAAAGAGUAAAGACACAAGUAAAGAAAAGAGCAAAGAAAAGAAGAAGAGAAAAAAGAAGGAUAAAUCUGAACCAGAAGUAACAGCAGAUGCUGAAAAUGAAACAUCUCUCGUUCAUGAUGACGAUGAAGAAAAUGAACCUUUGGAAAAAGCAACAAAAUCUAGAAAGAUUGAUGACGAUGAUGAGUUUAACAUUGUUCUUAAAGAGGUGAAAUCAGCCUCUCGACGAUCCACUCAGACAGAACAGCUUGACACUUUGGGUAAAGAUCAAGCCAAAGAACUUGUUGCAAGAAUUAAUGCUGCCUAUGAAGAUGACGCUGAAUCGUUUUUCAAAAAGAAGCCUGCACUUCACAAACUUCAACUUCUUCCUGAGCUUACAGAAGCUUGUAAAAAAGUAUACUUGCAAGGAUAUUUGAUUGAAGAAGGAAUUUUGAAAUCAUUAGAAAGAUGGCUUGUACCAGAAAAAAAAGAUUUACCUCCACCCAAUAUUAACAUUCAAACAGGAGUAUUGAACAUUUUAUAUGAUUUACCAGUAUCCAAAUCCAUUGACGAUGAUGAAAAAGUUUGUAUUACCAAAGGCCACUUGAAAUCAUGUAGAAUUGCUAAGGCUGUAAAGCAAAUUGCUAAUAAUCCUAAUGCACCAGCCAAUAAUAGAAAAAUUGCAAAAAAGAUUGUAGAGAAAUGGAGCAGAUUAGUUUAUCAAUUACCCUCUGAAUAUAGAGAAGCGUACAAACAUCGACGCCCUAUUGCGGUUGACGAUCAGAUGGCAGAUGAACACACCUCAAUUACUCCUAAAUAUGCCACUGCUUCAAAAAGUAGUUUUGAGUCACAACAACCUCCAAGAAAAAAGAAGCUUGCAAAUACAAACUCCAUUCGUGCAAGCAUCCCUAAGAAAGAAAGUUUUGAUUUUGUAAGGCUUCCACCAUCUAAAGAACAACACAAAAAAACAAUCGUUGAAAAUGAAACUCAUAAGAGACUUUUGAGCGUUGGCAGUUCAAGCAGAAGAAAAUAA